AGCGCGGCGCCGUCGCGGCAGUGACGCCGGUCUGCCGGCCUGGAUAGGGGGCGGCGGCGGCGGCCUGCCCGGGGAUGGCGAUGUUCCGCAGCCUGGUGGCCUCGGCGCAGCAGCGGCAGCCGCCGGCUGGGCCCGCGGGCGGCGACAGCGGCCUGGAGGCGCAGUUCAGCUGUCCCAUCUGCCUGGAGGUGUACCAUCGGCCAGUGGCCAUCGGCAGCUGCGGCCACACGUUCUGCGGGGAGUGCCUCCAGCCAUGUCUGCAGGUGCCAUCCCCUCUGUGCCCGCUCUGCCGUCUACCCUUCGACCCCAAGAAAGUGGACAAGGCCACCCAUGUAGAGAAGCAGCUCUCAUCUUACAAGGCACCCUGUCGGGGUUGCAACAAGAAGGUGACACUGGCAAAGAUGAGAGCACACAUUUCCUCGUGCCUGAAGGUUCAGGAGCAGAUGGCCAACUGCCCCAAGUUUGUCCCUGUGGUGCCCACAUCCCAGCCCAUCCCCAGCAAUAUCCCCAACCGGUCUACCUUCGCUUGCCCCUACUGCGGAGCGCGCAAUCUGGAUCAGCAGGAGCUGGUGAAGCACUGUGUGGAAAGUCACCGUAGUGAUCCCAACCGUGUGGUAUGCCCCAUCUGUUCAGCAAUGCCCUGGGGGGACCCGAGCUACAAAAGCGCCAACUUCCUGCAGCAUCUGCUGCACCGGCACAAGUUCUCCUAUGAUACCUUCGUGGACUACAGCAUCGACGAAGAAGCCGCCUUCCAGGCUGCCCUGGCUCUGUCCCUCUCUGAGAACUGAGGCACAGCCUGGCCACCUGCCUCGCCUGGGGCAGAAGACACACUCCCGCCUCAAGGGAUAGGGAUGUUGCCCUUUUGCCCUGGCACCUGCACAGGAAUGCGCCUCACCGGGCCAAGUGGAAUCUUACACAAGGAGAGCUGGGCUCAGAACCCCCAGGCUGGGAUCCUGGCUAGCUGGCCCCUUGUCAUCAAGCAGGGCCAUCGGGUCUUGGCCAGCAGCACUGGGCCCUCGGUGCUUCAAGGGGCAGGUGCUGGCCCUUGGGUUAGAGCAGUUGGCUGUCUUUGCCAGCCGUGAUGUCUUUGUGUGGAGAAGGAUGAGGUGCCCUAAGCUGUGCCCAGCAGGACCAGGGGAGGAGGUGCCCAGCCCAGGCUGCCAGCCACCCGGCCGGUCCCUAGCUUUGCUUCCACCGUGAGCAUUUGGUACUGGCUUUUGUGAUAUUUAGGAACCCUGCUUUUUUCUAUCUUACCCUGUGUGAUAAUCUUUUCACGUUUUCUAGAGCAAAGACAGAGCAGUCACUCUUCUAUUGCGACUCCCGUGUUUGACUAGGAAGAGCAGUAUUUUUAUGGAGCAUUUACAAAGUUAUAUUUUUUAAAAAAAAAUAAAAAAUAAACACGUGUGGGAUCAGUGCAGAGGGAGGGGCGUGGGCGUGGCCAGGGCUUAGACUGUGACCGGUGGGGGACGUGGGCGUGGUCAUGGCUUUGUGUGACGGGUGGGUGGGGCGGGGGCGGGGCCAGAGCUUUAUGUGGCAGGUGGUACCCCCAAACCAUGUGCUCUCUGAGGAGGCGCUUGGCUCGAGUCUGCUGUUUUCUUUUGAUGAUGACCCAGAAGAAAUCCUAGCGCCUGGCCACUGCUGUGGCUGCUCAUGGCAGACAUAAGACAGCCCAGGCAGAACGGAGCCUUUCUGCCCCCUGUCACCUUCCAGAGCCAACCACAUCCCUCCUCAGGCAGGGACUUCCCUUACCAGUGGUAGAACCCUCGAGGACCAGAGAGACCUGUUUAGUGGCAGGUCAGGCCAGAAAACAUUUGUCAGCAUCUUGUUCUGUUUAUGGAAUAAAUUGCUGUCUUUUCAAAAGAGUUUAAAUAAAGUGUUUCCAAGCA